UGGCUGGCGCGUAAACAUGAAUCUGGACCACUUGUAAUGACAGCAAAAAUACACGUCAACCAUCAACCAAAGACAUCUUGAAGAAUCAAAAGACUUUCAUGGCAUCAACAAAUUCCCUGAAACCAGCAAGAUAAAUAUGAGAAGAUUUUAGGGAGGAAAACAGUCGAAAUCUUGGCACAGUACUUCAUCAUGCAGCCGACGGCAACACUGCUGCAAGGUAGCGUACAAAAAGCCGAUCGCUUCUCGCAGCGAAACGAUGCCAGUUUACGGGCAAAGGCAAAACAGGCGGUGCUGCAUGAACUCAGCGAAGGUCUUCGCGUCAAGGCAAUGAAGAUGAGGUUAGCUGCACGAGGGGAUAGUAAAUUGGACACCAGAGGAGACGGCAGUGAUCCAGGAAAUUUGGGAAUGAAGAAAAGAAAGGAAGAAGAAUUGGCUCAAAGGCCAGCAACAAAAAUCAGGUCUCGCAUUCCAGUCGCCAGGUCACAGGGUAAGACGACCCCCAAGACAGUCCCCCGUGUCCACUUCCAAAGUCCCGACACCAUGCCAAAGAAGGAGAUGUCCCAGCCUGGCGUACCAUUGUCUGCACCGUCAAGUCGCCUGCCUAGGGCAAGACCUGGCUAUACCUGGAACAUGGGUGGCCGGCUGAAAGAAAUCAGAAUAAGACAUCUUGCAAGAAAGUUCCUCCAUAUUUGGAUGGCUGCAGCAUUUGGCCGCAUUCGCCCGUCUGUCGUAAGGCAACAUUACAGGAAGCGUUUGCUGUCCAUAGCCUUCAGAGAAUGGACCGAUUUCUGGUGGACUAGUCGUAAAGAAUGGAAAUUGCAGAUCAGAGCAGACUACCACAGGAGGUAUCGCCUUUGCCAGACAGUGUGGUAUGCUUGGAAAGAAUUUGUCCUGCUGGAGAAAAUCAAAUGCUCGAAAGAAGCUGUAGCAGUCGCACACGCCAACGGGAAGCUAGAGUCCCGCGUCUUGGACGCCUGGAAGGUCCACGUCGUCAGGCGCAGGGCCAAGGCUGCGCUCCGCUGCAAGGCCGACAGCCACGCGGCAGUUCGAUACUUAGCAUGGGCCUGGAUGCAAUGGGUGUCACAGAGACGAGAAGCCCUGGACAGACAUGAGGCCGACGACUACGCCGUACAGCACUGGGCUCAGGUCCUUGUACAUAAGAUGUGGCAGAGAUGGAGGGCAGCGACUCGUGACAGGCUGGAACAACAUCUCAAGAACCAACAGGGCAUCAACCUGCACGAGAGGAACUUGGUUGCUCGGUGCUUUGACCGUGGACUGGUACCGUACACGGCCCACCGCAGAAAACGCAGGCGAGAAAAGGCCUACGCCUCCCAGCUGUACCGAGAUUACCUCCUACGCAGUAGUUGGCAGCAGUGGUACGGCCGCUGGUACACCUUGAAGCUCAUGUACGAACAGCGAGACAUAUUGAAUGCCAUGGCAGAGCGGAGCCGACUCAGGAAGCAUUUUGUCAGAUGGAGACACUUCGUGACAUUGCAGUCGGAGAAGCGACUGAAGAUGAGACUAGCCCAGCAGCAGUACAGAUGCCAACUCUUGAGAUCAUGCCUUGGUGCUCUCCAACUUGCCGUGGUGAGGCAACGGCUUCAGGAAAAGAGGAAGGCGAGAGGAGAGAUGUUCAGGAACCAUUCUCUGUUGUUCCACGCCAUGCGGAGAUGGAUCCAGAGGUGCGAGGAGAAAGAAGAGCUCAGCCUCUUCACACUGUCACGGCAGGCAAGGAGCCUGUUCAGGUCAAGAAUUCUGAACCAGAUGAUGAAGAGGUGGAAGGAAUAUACACUUUGGCGGCGAAGACGGCAGGCGCAGUACGCCAUGGCAGAGGCCCACUACCUGUCACGCCUGCUGCCCAAAUGCCUGCAUAGCCUGAAGGUGUACACCCAGAGACAGCAGGACCAGCGGUGUGAUGGGAUGCAGGCUGUCAGCUUCCAGAGAGAGUGUGUCCUGGGUUUUUACUUUGUCCGAUGGUGGCACAUGUAUCAGACAAGCCAGAACCUAAAGACAAUGCACCGAUUGGCUGUGCUGCACCGCGAAGAGACCCUGGGAAAGAGGGCGCUGCGGAAGUGGAGACACCGGACGAGGCUCAAACAGCAGCUGGAAGAGAAAGAGGCAAUGGCAUUGGAGCACUAUGAGGGACGUCUUCGAGCCACGGCGUUGACAACAUGGAAGGAGUUUGUUGCUGAGUGCCACCAAAGGCAUGAGCAAGAGCAAAAAGCAUCCGAUCACAGCAAGAAGAACCGAAUGAGCAAAACCUGGAGAGCAUGGUCUGAGUACAUGUUACAUCGCCGCUUCAAGAAAGACAAGAUGCGGAGAGCUACCAGCUAUCACCGACGACAUCUUCAGGACAGAGUACUCGCUUCAUGGAAGUUGUACCAUCGGCGAGUCCAGACGAUUGAGAGAGAAGCUGAAAGGAGGAAGCUGAUCAAAGAUCAGGAAUGUUUGAGAGGGGCGGUGAAACAAUGGCACUUCAAUAUUAAGGAGGAAGCAGGAGAAAGAAGCCUUGAAGACAAAGCUCACACGUUCUGGACGAAAUCUGUCAAAGCUAAGAUAUUCGCGUCGUGGUGUCAGUUUGCUAUCUUGAAGGCCCACAAGAGAGCGACAAAUGCUGAGGAAUUGCGUAGGAUUCAAGACCAACUCAAUGCAGGCAAACUCGGGCGAGUCUUUGUUCGCUGGCGUUCGUCGUAUGCUGUCUCGGUUGCAACAAGGCAACAGACGGACAAAGCCAUCAGUCACCAUCGCACAAGAAUGAUGAAACAGGCUUUGGACAGUUGGUGCACUUUCAAACAGCAGGCGAUACGAAAACAGUUGCUGAUGAGACAGGCUAUGUGGUUACAGAACACCAGGUUGUCUGCAAAGUUCUUUUUGAGGUGGAGAGCUGAGUUUCACAAGUCCAAGGAGCACCAGACUAAGACGAUCAUGGCACUCUGGCAGUGGAGCCUGGUGCUGCAGAGGAGGGUACUAGAUGCCUGGCUGUCCUACACCUCAGAGCGGCAACGCAAGAAGCAGCGUGUGGCCGCAGCCAUGGCCCAGCGCAGGCAGCACAUGCUGCGGGAGGGUGUCGGCCAGUGGAUGAGGGUGGGGACUUGCUGGGCUGAGCAGAGGUCGAAGGUCGCAGCCCAGCAACAGGCCAAGAGUGCAUACAAGAUCUUCCAUGUGGUGAGACGCUGUGCAACCCACUGGAGACUCAUGACCCAAAGGAGGCGCUCCAUGUUAGACACAAAACCCCCAAGCAUUUCCCAUCAAGCUGUCCAAGGUCACAUACCUCUCACGCCUCCUCAAGACGCUGUGUCAGUUGCGGGAGACAACACUUUGUCCUCUCCCACUGACCAUUUGAUGGCCAGAAGUAGCCUGGGCAGAGUGCCAAGUAAGGGGCCAGUGUCUUGUAGCACACUGCCCGUCAUUGCUUUGAGUUCGAAACCACACCUGAGAGAAGGAUUCCAGGCGGUCAGUAGAGCAAUGCUGGAAGGUGAGUCCCCACUCAGAGCGAGGCCAAAACCCAGACGUCCUGACUUCCUCAUGGACUCACUGCAGAAAGAGGGCUUAUGGGCUAGUGGACCUAGGCCAGCCCAGUCAGUGCCAAGUGAGGCACCAUAUGAACCCGAACAAGAACUGUAUCUUAAGCAGCAACAGAUCUCAUCUGGGAAUGCCCAGGCCAAAUACCAACCAGGCCUUCCUCUAGCCCCUGAGACUGAGUCUGUGCCUCGAAGAGUGCAACCUCAGCCAGCUUCAAAGCCUGAUUAUCACAUACCUAGACCAGAGAGGUUAGAACCGAUGCUGAGAAGAGUACCAGUGAGUCCCAACUCUGAGGACGAGGUAAUGCAACCCAGGGGGACCCGGCCGCUGGUCACUGAGGUUGACAAGAACAGGCCGGAGGUUACUGACUUGCUCUCUUGUGGACAAAGUAUUGAACAUGUGAGGUGGGAAUCUCAGGGGGGUUCUGUCAGAGAUAAAGAGGGAAUGGGUUCUUUACCUGUUGAAUCUCCAGGGACAGGAAGGGAAAACUCUGCUAAGCUAGGUUCCUCUCAGGGAGAAGUAUUUGAAGAGACAGGAGGUUUGUUGGAGACUCACACGCUUAGUCAUCUAAGGCAGGAUGCACCUCUUCAGCGUGAUGAAGAGAGAGGUCUGGAGCUGUCUUCCUCUCCACCUCCAACGAAACAUGUUCUGCUGCCACCAUCUGCUUUCAUGACCUCUAAAGGUCAAACAACUCCCAAACCCAAGCAGAAGGCACAAGUCCCCUCUGCCGCAGAUCGACAGCUGGUAGCAGCAUCAUUCCGGCUCAGAGAUAGUGAACAAGAACUGCAUCGUGAUCACUUACAGGCACAUGAACCACAAUCAGUAAACUUGAGCACAGGACUGAGAGACCAGUACACCCAGCCAGGCUUGCCCCAGCAGAGCCGAGAGCAAUACAGACAUGCAGGAAUGAGAGACAGGAUGAACAGUGCACAAUCUCAAGACAUUUAUGAAGAGGUUCAACAAAUUCACGAGCAGUUGCAAGAAUACCAAAGGACUAAGGAAAGAUACAGAACACUGAAGGAACAGGGUGAUCAGCUUGGCACCUGGUUGACAGAGUACCAGCACACCCACGGAGAGAAGGCUGAAAUUGAAGACCAAGAUGUCCUUGAGGUGAUGGAGGAACUUGAACAGAUCGGACUCGAGAUGGCCGAGGUAUCGGCAAAAUUGAAAAAGGACAAGCCCACUGUUGGAAGGCUCGUCUUGAGGGUCACAGCGCUUAUGGCUGAAGCACAGGAAUAGAUCAGUUGCCUCUUCAUCGAAUGCUUACAUCGAUUGAGAACAACUUGAGAGAGAGAGAAAUUAUGAGAUUUGCGGACUGUUAAGGGCUUCUGUGACAUUGUCGUCUUACACGGAUAUGGUAACAUUGUACCAUGUUAGUCACCGUGUGUAUGUGUCAUUAACUUUGUAGAGGGCUUUUAAGUAAUUUUACAUUUUAAACAAACUGCGGAAAAAUAUUCAAAGCAAUGUCUGCAAGUGGAAGGUUAUCCUAAAGAAACAGUUCUCAGUGCUGGGUUUGGUAGACCCCGAGUCCGUACUUUGACAGUUUGUACCAAAAGUGACUUCACACAGCCGGGGCAAGUGCCCAUCAGGCAUUUGUUUGUACUGGUAACCAUGACUUCAAUACUUUCGUUAUGACUUAUCUAUGUAUUGCACUUGAUUAAAUCUGCAUGUAAUGAUAAUAUAUAUCAAUGUCAAUAUGAAAAUAAAUGUUGAGUGAAUAUCAGCAAUGAUUGAACAAGUAA